GGAGACUUACAGUAAUUCUGGACACAGUUUUCAGUCCUGCAGUAACAGUGUAGUAUUUAGGAUACAGAAUUAUUGAACUUCGAAGGAUGUUGUCUUGCCUCUCUUUAACUUAUAGUGUUUGUGAGACUGAUUAAACACAAUGUGUGUGGGAACACCCAUGAAAACUAGAAACUUAGCAGCAAUGAGACUCUCCUUGACCAGGAAUGAGGAAACUGCUUUACAGACACACCUGUUUUACACACGUCACUCAAACACAAAACCAGGAAACAGGAAACACAUGAGUUCAGAGAAAGAGAAACUGAAGUGUAGUUGAGCUGUUGUGUGUUUCUGUCUCUGUAUUCAUGCAGUAAAAUGGCAGAAGCCAGAAUUUCUCAGGAUGAGUUCAUGUGUUCAGUGUGUCUGGAUCUCCUGAAGGAUCCAGUGGCCAUUCCCUGUGGACACAGUUACUGUAAGAUCUGUAUUACAGGCUUCUGGGAUCAGGAGGAUCAGAUGAGAGUCUACAGCUGUCCUCAGUGCAGACAGACCUUCAGUCCAAGACCUGCUUUAGCUAAAAACACCAUUCUGGCUGAAAUGGUGGAGAAACUGAAGAAGAUUAAACUUCCUGCUGACUGUUACGCUGGAGCUGGAGAUGUGCAGUGUGACGUCUGUACUGGAAGAAAACACAAAGCCGUCAAAUCCUGUCUGGUGUGUCUGAACUCUUACUGUCAGAAUCACCUUGAACAACAUGAGAGUUUGUUUAAAGGAAAGAGACACAAUCUGACUGAAGCCACUGGACGACUGCAGGAGAUGAUCUGCCCGAAACACGACAAGAUCCUUGAGGUUUUCUGCCGCACUGAUCAGAAGUGUAUAUGUCUGCUGUGUAUGGAUGAACAUAAAAACCACGACACUGUAUCAGCUGCAGCACAGAGGACAGAGAAACAGCACCAGCUGAAGGAGACGCAGAGGUCGUUCCAGCAGAGGAUCCAGCAGAGAGAGAAAGAUCUUCAGCAGCUGAGAGAGGCUGUGGAGUCUCAUAAGCGCUCUGCACAGACAGCAGUGGAGGACAGUGAGAGGAUCUUCACUGAGCUCAUCCGCUCCAUUGAGAGAAGCCGCUCUGAGGCCACACGGCGGAUCAGAGAUCAGGAAAAGACUGCAGUGAGUCGAGCUGAAGGACGACUGGAGCAACUGGAGCAGGAGAUCAAUGAUCUGAGGAGGAGAGACGCUGAGCUGGAGCAGCUUUCACACACACAGGAUCACAUCCAUUUCCUGCAGAGUUUCCAGUCUCUCUCAGCUCCUCCUGAAUCUACAGACGUAAAUGACGAUCCCUUCAGUUCUCUCUCCUCUUUUGAUGUUGUGAGAGAAUCUGUCCGUCAGCUGAGAGACAAACUGGAGGAUUUCUGCAAAGAGGAGCUGAAGAAGAUCUCUGACAGAGUCACUUUCAGCAACAUUGUUCCCAGAACCAGGAACGACUUCCUACAAUAUUCCCAUCAGCUCAAUCUGGAUCUGAACACAGUGAAUAAACGCCUCCGUCUGUCUGAGAGGAACAGAGUGAUUACAUUCACUGACACAGUCCAGCCGUAUCCUGAUCAUCCAGACAGAUUUGAUGUGUGUCUUCAGGUGUUGUGUAGAGAGAGUGUGUGUGGACGCUGUUACUGGGAGAUUGAGUGUAGUGGGAAUGAUGUGUCUAUAUCAGUGUCAUAUAAGAGCAUCAGCAGGAAGGGACGGGGUAAUGAGUGUAAAAAUAAAGUGUGAAUCCUGUGUCAUUUGCUGAUACUACUGACAUGUUCAAAAUCCUUAAAAAAAAAAAAACAUUAUUAUAAAAACUUGCCAAUUAGGAGUUUUAUUUAUGUACUACCUGGGCACAAGGACUUACAGAACCAGCUUAUCUGUAAAAAUGUAUGUCUAAACCAAGUCAAGGUGGAGGUCACAUAUCUUGAUUUUAUAACAUGCUAUUAUCAGGUUCUCAGUAGUUCUCAACAUCUAUUGGAGAUAGAUUGGAGAUAGGCAAGGAAAUAUGAGAACAAAUAUGUGCAGAGGCACACAAACAGUUAACGGCUGGACGUACACCUGGCCAUAACACUAGGCUUAACGUGAAAUGCAUUUUAAGUCCUGCAUAGAAUUAAUAGCAGUUGCACCAUCUGGGUGUAGCGCAUGUCUCAGACUAAAUAUUAUGCCUAGUCAAAGGUAGUUGUAAAGUGAGAAGUCUUUACUUGUUUCCAUGGUGAAAAUGAAGAUAAAAAAACAUUUAAAAACAUUAAUAAAAAUGUUGAGACAAUGACGCAUCUGAUAUACUGGCUACACGAUCUGUGGGCUUUUCGGCGUGAAAGAGACGGCACCAAUCCUCUAGAUAUAUAUAGAGACAGAGAACUUUAUUUCGUUUCAGCAAGGUUGAAUUGUUAGAAUUAAUCAAGUUAUCACCACAGUUACAACACGUAACAGACAGGAACAGAGCGCUGUCUCCAACACUGCAGGUGAUAAUUUCUUCGAUUUUAUGCCAGUGGAUCUUUGCAAAAUACAUUCGCUGAUAUGGUGAAUGUAAACAACAACAUGCCGGGAGAUACAAUGAGUUUCUCUGGCCCUUCAAAAUCGGUCUCAACAACAUUUUCAUCUACCAUCCCAGGAGGAGGCCACAUGCACCAAGGAGAAAUUUCACAGACUUAAUAUAAUUAAAGUCCCCCUGUGGUGAAAAUCAAGUUUUUCAUUUUGUUCAAAAGUCUAUCUCGUGUUUUUAACAUGCUUUAAGUAAACCAAAGACAGUCUCAAAGCCGCAGUUUGAAAUUGCUGGUGUUUCUGACGUCACAAACUACCUUGUAAUCAAUCACGUCAAUCGGUAUCCGCGGGGCAUUAAAAAGCAUUAAAAGUCAUUAAAUGGAUUUUGCGAAAAUUAAGGCCUUAAAUGGCAUUAAAAAGCAUUAAAUUUUAAUCCUACAGGCAUUCAAUUUUUUUGAUAGUUUUGAAGAAAAAUAGUAUUACCAGUUUAUUUUGAAUAUAGCCUUCAUAAUUAAUAACUAAUUUGCUGUCGCAAAAUAUGUACAUUGGUGUGAUACGCACGCGGAACCAGUUUGGUAAUUGCCUCCGGCCGGUGCAAAAUUGCCGUAACGCCGUUUUUGAUAGCGGUUGGAUCUGAAGGCGGAAGGCUGCAUCAGUGUUGCCAACUUAGCGACUUUUUUCCAAGAAAGCGCAUUGUGACAAAUAUAGCGACUUGUUGAAACCUUAUCUAGCUUCCGAGACCCCCGGUACUGCCGCAUGAGCGCGAGAUGUUAUAUUACGAUGUUUUUUUUUUUUUUUUAAUAUUUAGCAAAUGAUGUAUAUUACGAUGUUAUGAUGAAUUAUAUGUCUUUCUACACUGAUGUUCUGAGUUGUUCAAAGCAUUUCUAAGGAUACUGAUUGUUAGAAGGCAGCUGUCUGACUCGCGAAGGGGAACAUGGUUUGUAUAACAUUAUGUAACGAGUAGAAAUAUAGUGUGGCCCCUUUAAGAACUGCGCGCUCAUGUUAAACUGUUGUUGAUCUGCAUGGUAUGUGUGAUCAGAGCACCGCAUGUAUGCGGGUUAUUUUCAAGUCUUUUUCUGUUGCUCCUUUGUUUUUGUUUAUCAAGUAAUGCUGUGGACGGCACAACAUUUGUGACAGACAGUCACCAAAGUUCCAUGUGGAAUAAAGCGCCGGUUAUGUGAUACCAAGCGCCUCUGUGAAGUCUGUCUAAUAGUGAGCUAUCCCUGUUUGCUCCGUAACCACCGCAUUACAAGUGGCGCCCGAACAUUUUAUCUCUGGCUUUGGAUUUAUGGAGAAGUUUACACGGAUGCAGAACCGGUUUGGGACGAGUGACGCCGUAAAUGCUGUAAUCUUCCUCGCCGACAUGCGUGAGUCUGCACGAGGCCUAUUCCAGUGCGUACAGAGUGAACUGCCCGACGCUGCAGCGGACAUUUUGUGUGCGUGACGCAGCUGAUAUUUCUUCACAUUCCAGCGGAUUUAUGUCGUUAUGGAUACAAUUUGAUUUAAUCUGCACAUAGGAUUGUGGUUCGUUGAGGUAACCAGGAAUUUGACUGUUUCGUGAUCAACUUUUGCUGUUUCGGAGAUUCGGAACUGGUUUCUCCGUCCAUUGUGUUCAUUCGCUGAAACUGUUGGACUGGUUGAAUUGAACUUGAGAACUUUUUUUGUUUGUUUGUUUUUUGCACUGGAUUUUUCCUGAACUGUUUUUUGAGCUGGAUUUGGUUUUUCCUGGACUUUUUACAUUUUUUGAGUCAUAAUUUGGUAUAAUUCCUCACACUUGCAUGGUGUGUGCUUAUCAUAACCUAAAGAAAAAAAAACUGAAAAGAAAUCGGAAGAGAAUUUACUGGACUCUGUUUGAAGUUCGGUGAUUCUGAACUGUUGUCACUGUUUUCUUCAAAAAAAAAAAACUUUUUGUACAUGCCACAUUUCGUAUUAUAUGGUUAGUUUUUUUUUCUAAAAAGGUAUCCAGCUGUUUCUAAUUUGUUACUAUAUUACUGGCAUACAAGAAAUUGAUGCAAGUUGAAUAUUUUUGAAUUUCAUAUUGCUCUGUCACAAACUGAUUUUGUUGCAAUGAACAGACGUGCUGAUGACGAGACUGACUUAACUGACCAAUCUGCAUGCUUUGAGUAUCCACCCAGGCGGAGAGUGCCAGCAACAGCGGAUCGCCUGGAGAUGCAGGUUGAGUCAUUGAAGGAGGAAGUGGCAAUGCUGAGGAAAUGCCUGAGUGAGUCUUUUGACCUACAGAGAGGUAUUAUUGACAGUUGCGCACAAAACUUGCACAUACCUCCUUCAUACCAAUUGCCUUCACAAGUCAGGCCUGUUGCUUCGUCAACCCCAUAUGCUCAAGCACAAACUGGUCAAAAACACGGACUUCAGUCCUUUGAAGGGGAAAUGAACGCCAGAACGGAAAAUGCGUUUGGCCUGGCUCAAAGUUCUCUUGAAUUGAACAAUGCAACCAGAACCUUGGCUUCAGUCUUGCACCAAUCGAGACUGGAACCCCCUGUGUUUGUGAACGAUGGAAAAGUUCAACCUGAUGACUGGCUUCUUCUCGUGGAUGCCUACAGAACUUCUUUGGGUCUCAGUGAUGCUCAAAUUUUGCUUGAAUUGCCACGUUUCUUAGCUAAAGAGCCCAGGAAGUGGUUUAUAGUACUGAGUUCACACGUUACAUCUUGGAUACAGUUCUGCACCCUGUUCAAGACUGUAUUUCUUCCUUCGGAUAACCAAGAGCGUGUCUGGAGAGGUAUUCUUGACCGUGUUCAAGCUCAAGGAGAACCAUUCCCAACAUUUGUUGCGCACUUGUUAUCUGAAUUCAAGAAACUUAAGUCACCACCCCCUGAACAAGAACAGAUUGAUCUUAUCUGCAAGCAUGCACUUGAGCGCUACAGAGUUGCUUUGUAUGGCACACAAGUUACUUCAGUCAUAGACCUCUUGAUGUGUGCCCACGAGCUGCACUCCACUCUCGGCCCUGAUAGCCGUAAUGAACCAGUGGUACAGAGAAGCAAAAACAUGCGAGAGACUUAUUGUUUCAAAUGUUCUGCUCCUGGUUUCACAUCUAGAAACUGUCCCAAUUGCAACUUUGCACAACAGACUGUGUCUUUUCCAGUCACUGACAAACAGACAAGUCCAGUUUCGAAUGAGCCACAGAACCCUGAGGAGGCUAAAGCCACAUCAGAAAUGGAGGAGAAAAAACUAAAUUCUGUUCGGCAGAAGGUAAACUUCAGGGGAGGGAGGACGUUUCAACUUGGCAAUCCUCCCUCCAAAAGAUAAAUGCGCCUCACCCUUAUCUUGUGUCCCCGCCUGAGUCACUUGUCCUUGGUCCUCCACAUGUCCAUUCUUCUCCUUCAUUUUGGAACACACCGUUUAUUGUUAAAGUUAAUUUCUGUCACAAGGCCAUUGACGCAGCGCUGGACACAGGUGCCUCACUUUCGGCAGUUCGUACAAACAUGAUUUCUGAUGUCUUGCAACAUUCUCAGAAGGUUCAACCUUGGACUUUUUCCCCAAUUCAGCUUGCCAACAGUGCUGUUUGCACUCCGACUGGUAUUGUCUGGUUAAACGUUGGCCUCCAGGGUAAAAAUUUCUACCAUCGUUUUGUCAUUAUCCCUGAUCUAUCCUCUCCACUCAUCCUAGGGAUGGAUUUUAUGCUACGAGCGUCGGUUAGCCUUCAUAUCCCAUCAAGGACAGUGACCCUUGGUGAACCUACACCACAAGAGGUUUGGAGUGAGUGGUUGGAGGCACCUGAGCUUGGAAGCUUGAUGUUCUUGGAUGUCUCCCAGUCUGCCUUGGAUGAGAAAGUUGAGAUGGCUUGUCUGAAAAAGGAACAAAAAGAGGAUUUGAGGGACCUUCUUAAAGACUUUUGGAGCUUGUUUGAUGGACAUCUAGGACAUACCGCAUUGGGCGAACACGAAAUCAACACUGGUGAUGCGAAACCAGUCCACCUCCCACCAUACCAGAGCUCACCAGCUAAGAAACAGAUAAUUGAGGAUCAAAUUCAGAUGAUGCUUGAAGAAGACAUUAUCGAACCCUCUUCCAGUCCAUGGGCAGCACUUGUAGUAAUUGUCAAGAAGCCAUGUGGAGACCACAGGUUUUGCGUAGACUACAGAGGCCUUAAUCAUCUGACACACAAGGAUUCAUACCCACUACCCAGAGUCGACGAAUCAUUGGAUUUCCUGGCUCGUGGAAAAUUUCUUUCGACUCUUGAUUUGGCUCGGGGGUACUGGCAGGUGUCAGUGGAGAAACAGUCAAGACCAAAGACAGCUUUCACAUUACACUGUGGCCUAUUUCAAUUCAAGGUUCUCCCUUUUGGACUCUGUAACGCCCCAGCUACGUUUCAGAGGGUAAUGAACAAUGUCCUCGCUGGCUUGGUCUAUAAGUGCUGCGCAGUGUAUCUUGCCGAUAUCAUCGUCGCAUCUCCAACCUUUGAGCAGCACUUGGAAGACCUCCAAGAAGUCCUGUCAAGACUAAAGUCAGCUGGUCUUACUCUUAAGCUGAAUAAGUGUCAGUUCUGUUUGAGUGAACUCGUCUUUCUAGGAUACAGGAUCACUCCAGAUGGUAUUUCCCCUGACCCGAAUAAGCUUGAAGCAGUCACAGAUUUCAGAACGCCGACAGAUGUGAAACAAGUGAGAGGAUUUCUCGGCCUCACAAGCUACUACAGACGGUUCGUUCCAAAAUAUGCAGAGAAAGCCGAGCCACUUUUUAGACUCACCAGAAAGGAAACCCCAUUCAACUGGGAUGACAGUUGUCAGGCUUCAAUGGAUUACUUGAAAAACUGCCUUACUUCUGAACCCAUUCUGUGCCUCCCAGAUUUCACACGCCCAUUUUCCAUCCACACUGACGCUUGUGACUUAGGCCUUGGUGCGGCCUUGAUGCAGGAGGAUGACAUGAGGCGAGAUGUAGUCGUUGCUUUUGCAAGCAGGACACUGCACAAAGCCGAAAGACCAUACUCAACGCCUGAGAAAGAGUGUUUGGGAGUGAUUUGGGCCCUGGAACAUUUCAGACCUUACAUUGAGGGCCUUCAUGUAACCGUUUAUACUGAUCACAACAGCCUGAGGUGGCUAAUGAACCGUCCCAACCCCUCUGGACGACUGGCGAGAUGGUCCUUGCGCCUACAGGAUUUUGACUUCAACAUCGUCGCCGGGUGUUCAGAAUAAAGUUCCUGACGCUCUAUCACGCAGCCCAUUGCCGCAUUGUGAGGGCCCUAUCGACAUCCUUCCGCCGCAUGCUGUCAUAGCUGGGUUGGAUUGGCGCAGUCUUUCCUCGGUCACAAUCACAGACAAAGCGCAGUUGAGGCAAUUGCAAAUUGGUGACCCAGUGGUUGGCAGUCUUCUUCGAAACCUUGAAGGGGGCGGUACAGACGAAGAACAUGUCAUUCAUGAUGGUCUGCUUUAUUUCAGGGACCCUAAGGUAAUCUGCAGUCUCCACCCAAUGAAGCAGCUUAAGUUAUAUGUCCCAACAGUAAUUCGACCCACUGUACUCAAAUAUUAUCACGACCAUCCUACAGCUGGCCACCUGGGUGUGACAAAAACGCUGGCCAGGCUGAGGCAAAGGUUCUUUUGGCCCAAAAUGGCGACAGAUGCGAAAAGAUAUGUUAUUUCGUGUCCGGUGUGCCAGUUGACGAAGCCGAGCCAAAGAAAACCAGCAGGUCUGAUGGUUCCAAUAAAACCAAUGAAACCCUGGGAAUUCACAGGAGUGGAUUUUGUAGGUCCGCUUCCCCGUACGCAGAGUGGCAACGAAUAUCUAAUCGUCUUCGUUGACUACUUUUCUAAAUGGGUGGAAGUGAGUGCAGUGCGGUCAGCAACAGCUCAAGUGGCAGCUAGUAAGUUUCUUAGUGAGAUAUUUGCCCGACAUGGUGCGCCAACCUAUCUCAUAUCAGAUCGUGGGACCCCAUUUGUGAGCAAUCUUUUUGAGCAUGUGGUUGCUGCCCUUGGUACUGAACACCGGCUUACAACGGCGUACCACCCGCAAACAAACGCCACUGAAAGGGUGAACCGCACACUUAAAACUGCCAUACGUGCUUACGUGGAGGACAAGCACACUUCGUGGGACAAGUAUCUUCCACAAAUCUGUUUUGCUCUUCGAACGGCUUGCCAUGAAAGUACGGGUCACUCUCUAGCAAUGUUGUUAUAUGGCCGUGAGUUGGAGACGCCGCUUGAUUUGAUAACACAGCCAACUACUGAGGGAGUGGAUGAUCCUAAUGUGCCUUUUCCUGAGAGUUUGAGAGCUUCCCUGCAGGAUGCUCACGAUCACGCCAGGUCUGCUUUAAGUGCGAGCCAUGAAAAAAAGAAACAUUAUUACGACAAGAAGCGACGCACGGUUUCAUAUGCUGUGGGGGACUUAGUCAGGGUUAAGACUCAUCCAAGAUCUGAUGCUGACGCAAGCUUUACUGCUAAACUGGCCCCAGUGUAUGCUGGACCAUUUCGCGUCUCUAAGAAACUGUCUAGUGUUAACUAUAAACUUUCAAAUGUUGACACUGGAGAGGAUGCUGGCGUGUAUCAUGUUGUAAAUCUGCAGCUGUUUCAUUCAUGGGAUACAGCCAUGCCUACAGCAAGUUCCUAUGGUAAUGUUGAGAUGUCACUACCUUUGGAUGUGGACUUUGAUUCCCAAACAGACAGAGAGGAAUCUGCUAAUGCUGACCAAAGGAUUGAUACAGACUAUUCAAAUGAACCUUUGAAUCGACACUCGGAUGAGAGUUCUCCAGAACAUUGCACUGAACAAUCACUUGACCUUGUUCCUGACAGUAUUGACGUCGGAGCUGUCUCUGGCUCUCAUGACUUGGCAUCUGACGCUGUUACUGACGAACCCACAAAUCAGGGUCAGGGACGUUAUGGACUGAGACAAAGAAAAGCCCCUAGAAUUACUUCUGACUGGACGGUGAAUAAGUGGACCAACCCCUACCAUACACAAAGGUUUGACUUGUAGUGACGACAGACCAAGGUUCAGUGUUACUUAAAUAUGUUAAUUGUUAAUGUUCAUGCAUAUUCUUGGUUCUCAUCUAAGGGAAAAUGAGUGUUUCACUUUUGUUUUGUGGUCAUACUUUUCUCCAGUGUUACUAAACUAAUGUAUGCUGUGCUAACAUGUAUGCUUGUACUGUCUGUACAUUAUUCCUCUGCCCUGGUAACUUUUCAACUCCUUCAUGUACGAGUGGUUGUUAAUUACAUGUGUUUCUUUUGCUGUGUACGGCUGAGGGCAGCCUUUUUUUGGCUGGGGGAAAUCUGUAACGAGUAGAAAUAUAGUGUGGCCCCUUUAAGAACUGCGCACUCAUGUUAAACUGUUGUUGAUCUGCAUGGUAUGUGUGAUCAGAGCACCGCAUGUAUGCAGGUUAUUUUCAGUCUUUUUCUGUUGCUCCUUUGUUUGUUUUGUUUAUCAAGUAAUGCUGUGGUCGGCACAACAUUUGUGACAGACAGUCAUCCAUGGGGAAUAAAGCGCCGGUUAUGUGAUACCAAGCGCCUCUGUGAAGUCUGUCUAAUAGUGAGCUAUCCCUGUUUGCUCCGUAACCACCGCAUAACAAUUAGCAACACAUUAUUAGCUGUUUGAUAAUGUAGCCAAGCAAAAUGCUAAUUAUAUUAAUUACCGUUAUGUGUCCGACAUUGUAAAAGCGAUACCAUUGUGCAGCGUUUACCUCAGUAAGUUGACCGAGUGGAUCUCGUCUGAGCUCGUGCGAGUGAGUUGAGGUGAGAGGCUAAUUAUCAUAUUCAUAGAUCUGUGUGUAUUAAAUGAGGCAAAGGUGUAGAGUUACAUUCAAGCUAUGUUAAGGCAUUAAUAAAAUUUUUUCACAGGAAAAAAACAUUUAAAUAUGUAUUUUUGGUGGUCAAGACGAGUUUUAAGGGAUAAAAGUAUUGACUACAGGGGGACUUUAAGACAAUAUAAUUCAACUGAUGAUCAGCCUGUAAAAGAAUGCAGGCUAAAAAUAGUGUAUGAAAAUAAAAUAAAAUGUAGCUGAUUUAGAGAAAUAUCCUCUUUUUUCACAUUUCACUUUUUUUUUUUUUCACAUUCCAACAUUUCACAAUUUUGUAUUAUCACAAAGCAUAAACAAUAAAGUCAAACUGUGCAAAAUAAUUGCUGGCAUAAAGUGAUACUGUUUCUGAAGCCAGCUUGUAAAAUAAAUGUGAUUAAAUUGUG